CACAUGAUUUCUAACGUGUUUAAAAUGUAUUGUAUUGCGUUACUGCUCACAGAAGAUCUUUAAAAUGGUUCAGAACAUGUUUAGGACCGGGUUCCUGGUGCGGGCCACACACACCCUGCUCACCUGGGUCAUCACCCUCAUCCUGUUCCUGCACAACACCGACCUGCGGCGCUGUGAGGAGCGAGGAGAGCUGCUGCCUCCGGUCCUGUUCUUCCUCCUCGUAAUGUUGUCGGUUCUCUUGUACUUUGCCGUUUCCUUAAUGGACCCCGGCUUCGUCCUCACGGACACGGUGAAGGGUUCAAAUGAGGAAAUGGAGUCGAUGAUUCCUCAGACGUCGACCCCUCGGAUGCGGCGCUGUGGAUACUGCCUGCUGCAGCAGCAGCCAAUGAGAGCAAAGCACUGUCAGACAUGUAAGCGCUGCGUCCGCCGCUUCGACCACCACUGCCCCUGGAUGGAGAACUGCGUGGGCGAGAGGAACCACCGCUGGUUCAUGGUCUACCUGCUGGUGCAGCUGCUCGCUCUGCUGUGGGCGCUGCACGCCGCCCUGUCCGGCCUCUCUCCCGUCGUCUCCUGGGACCAAUGGUUCCGGGCCAACGGGUUCCUGCUGGCGGCGCUGUGCGUGGUGGGCGUGUUCUCCGCGGUGGUCCUGGUGCUGCUGUGCUGCCACCUCUACCUGGUGUCGGUUAACUGCACCACGUGGGAGUUCAUGGCGCGCCACCGCAUCUCCUACCUGAAGAACCGCGGGGACGAGCGCAGCCCGUUCGAUCGCGGGCCGCUCUGCAACUUGCGCGAUUUUUGCUGCGCGCGCAGCGCGGUCACGUGGGAGGCGACGUACGACCGGAGUGCGCCCAACUCUGUCUGAGGAGCCUCCGCGAGCUCACGCAUGCGCCUCUGUGUUUACUGGAGCGGCCUGUUUGAGGAUAGUUUGCACAUUUUACAACCUUUUUGAAGCGGAUUUUUGAUACUGAAAACAAAAACAUUAUGUUUUUUUUAGUACGAGCACAUUUCUACAGUGUCAGCUUGUUGUUGUUGUUGUUGUUGUUGUUUUUUGUCCAUCCACCACGUUGAUCCUGAUGGAAACUGCAGAUGUUCAUGCUUCUCAGAGGAUGCAUCCGUAAUGCCUUUGGUUUAAAAAAAUGAUCACUUAUAGAUUUGUCUUUUAUUUAAACACAAUAUUACAAAUUAUUUAAUUGACUCAGUUGAGCUACAUUAACGACCUGAAUAUCAAAACCAGUACCAAUAAGUAUUUCUACUUUUAUUGAAGUAAAUGAUCUGAGAACGUAUUCCUUUUCAGUAUUUGCAGAAAAUAGUUCCCGAAUAUUCCCUUGAAGGGAUGGAGCAUAUUUCUUAAAGUGGGGGUUGCACUAUAUUCACAAUAUUCUCCUCUCUCCACCUUUCUGAUGAGGAACUGAAGCCGUUAUUUGUGACAUCAUUUUACUUUUAGUAUUUUUGUUUGACUCUGGUCAGAGAGCUAUAUAAUUUAAUUUAUAUUAACCAGAGACCCUUUAUUUCUAACUCGGGGCAACAGGACCAAACCGUUGAUCAUAUUUAAGUUCAUCAUCACAGAAAUGUAUUUAUUGCAGAAAUAAAAAAACUGUAUUUUCCGGCAGUUUUGUUCAAGGAAAGAAGCAAAACAACCCGCUCUGUCUCUCUGUCUCAGGUCUCAUCACCGCUUUCUCUUCUGUAAAUGAGUUGUUUCCUCUGGAGAGCGAUGACCUCAUUGUAACACAAACGGCUGUCGCUCUAUUUUAUGUUUUUUACUGUAAACAUUGAGAUAAUCUUAACAAGGUAUUUUUUUUACUGCAUUUAUUUUUAUUUAUUUACAAUAAGAGUACAUUAAAACACUGAUGAUAUGCAUAUAUUAAAGAGUUCUUCUGUUCACACACACACACAUAAAUACAGUGCCGACACAUUAGUAACAGUGAAUAUUCAGCAGCAUUAACGUAAAGUGCUACAGCAGCUAAAUCAUCGUCGGCGGUUACAUUUCAUUCAUAAAGUCUUCAAGAAGUCUGCGAAGAAUUCAGAGUCUUCCUCACAACUCACUUCCUGUUUGUUCGAAGAGCAACUUAACACGAAGAUAAAGGGUCGUAAAGCCUGCAAUCUCUCUACUGACCACCAGGUGGCGACUCCUAUGGUUGUAUAGAAGUCUAUGCUUCAUGUGUUAAAGCUGCUUUCUCUCUACUGACCACCAGGGGGUUGACUCAUCUGGUUGUAUAGAAGUCUAUAUAAUGACUCUACUUCUCUCUUGGUUUAUUCCCUCAGUAAACAUUGUAAACAUGAGUUUAUAUUUAAAUACCGGGACUUAUAGAUUUAUUUAUAGCAUGAUAAAGAUGAGUGUACGUCCUAACAGUGUAUUUGUUGUUAAGUUGCUCUUUAAAGUCGUUGUGAGUUUAAAACUGAGCUAGUCUCCUCCUCCUCUCUUAUUGUACAUGAUGAGAGUAUGAUAUGAAUAUGAUUAGCUAAAUACAAAAUACAGAUAUGUUUCUUA